AUGGAUAGACUUUGCCGUGCUUGCAAAGUGAUCUCUCUCUCUUUUUCAGUAAGGCCAACAGAUGUAAGAAUAACAAGUCCUUAUCAAUCUUUAUCAGCCGGAAAGGAUACAGACAUUGUCUGUGUUGCUAGAGGAGGCCGACCACCUGCUCAAAUUUCUUGGUGGUUAGAUGGAGAAAAGUUAACAACAAGAAUCACAGAAAGCACGGCGGACGAGGACAAUCUAACUAUCAGUAGUCUGAGUAUAAGACCUAGUAUACAAGAUAAUUUAAGGAACUUGUCCUGUAGAGGAGAUAAUCCACAGCUGACUGACAGUGUUCUAGAGGAUACAUGGUUGAUCAAUGUUCACUAUCUUCCUCGACUGUCUGUAAAGCUCAAUAUUUUGGGAACUGUCAAGGAAGGAAGUGACGUUAGUAUGACAUGUGAAGUCCAUUCCCAUCCGCCAAUUACUGAGUUAGAAUGGCUGCAAGAUGGACGUUCUCUAGGCCCGCCUUCUGGUGCUAGUUUUUCGAAUAGGACACUCAUUAUUCCAAACGUUGGUCCACAACAUAAAGGGGAAUAUCAGUGUGCAGGAACUAACAGUGAAGGCAGAGCUUUCAGUGAACCUGUUCUGCUCCAAGUUCUCUAUGCUCCAAGAUGUGAAUCGGUUAGGAGCAGCGUAUACGGCGUUGGUAGGACAGAAUCAGUUAGCGUGGCAUGUGCAGUUGACGCUUAUCCGACGACUGUCAACUUUUCAUGGGUCCUUAGUAAUUCUGACAGCAAGUCCCCAUUACCUCCUACUCAGUAUGCCAGCAACGGAACAAAAAGUGUGGCAACUGUGUCACCAAGAGUGCCUCAGGAUUAUGGCGUUCUACAGUGCUGGGCUUCCAAUAUUAUUGGCCAACAAAAGGAUCCGUGCUCUUUCCGGAUUAUUCCUGCUGGAGUACCAGAGGAGCCAAGAAAUUGCGAAGUUAGCAACAGAACAUCUGACUGCAUUUCACUAUUGUGUGAAAGUGGGGAAGAUGGAGGUCUUCAACAAAUUUUCCAGCUUGAAGUCAUGAGCACAGACUCGGAUAAAUUUCUAGCCAAUCUAACAUCGCGUUCUUCACCUGCAUUCGUCGUUUGUUCCCUUCCACCUAAAGAAUCUUUGAUACUCGUCGUAUAUGCGAUUAACAGCAAAGGGAGAAGUAAACAAGUUGCUAUACAUUCCAGUACACUUGCCGGAACUUCGGAUGAGGGAGAGCAAGAGGAAGAUACAGGAACUUUAACGGCAGUAUUAGGAAUAGUGAUUGGAGCCAUUUUUGUUGUGGUUCUACUAGCAGUUAUCCUAAUUUUGUCACUGAAGUUGCGAUACAAUAGAUCAGUGAAAGCAAGGAAUUAUCGUCCUGACUCAGACAAGUGCGAUGCUCAUCUAAUGAAGGAAUGUAAAGAGCCAUGUGUUACGAAUAGUCAAGGUCCCGAUAUUAUUCCGGAAAAAAGCUUCUUCCAAG